UCCUCCUUGUCUACCUCCAGCUCCUUCCUAUCCGUCUCCUUUGGUUAGUGCCAUUGGUAGCCCCGCUCGGCGACGCCGACGCGAUUUCCUCUCCUCGCGCCUUACUGAAUUCGAAACGAAAUUGUAGAUCAUAUAGCAGAGAGAGAGAGAGAGAGAGAGAGAGAGAGGAAGCAGACGCGGACCCCUUGAUUUCUCGGCUAGAUCUGAGAUAUCAUCGCAUCAUGGGACUGCUGGGGUUGAAUCGGCUCAUGUCCAUACAGCGGGAGCAGCGCUGUCGCCAAAUCGAAGCCAAUCGUCUUCUUGCAUCCACUGAUAAAAGAAAGGGGUCUCCCUGCAAACAAGAUAAUUCCCGAUGCAGCAAAAGAGAGAGAUAUUCUCAGCCAGACCUUCCGGAGGACAUUUGGCGCCAUAUACAUUCCUUACUGUCACUUCAAGAUGCUGCCCGUGCUGCUUGCGUGUCUCGGGCUUUUCUAUGUUUAUGGAGGUGCCGUCCCCACCUCACCUUCAGUUUGCAAACUCUGGGCUUGAGUGAAAUGGCAUGUAAAAAGGGUGGAAUAGCUAGAGAUUACAAUAAAAAAGUUGACCGCAUACUGAAAAAACACUCAGGCACAGGAAUGAAGAAAUUUGAGAUCGAAUUCUAUGGUCCUUCAAAUGCAAACACCUAUUAUCAUCUCAAUAAUUGGCUUGAGAUUGCUAUUACAUCUGGAAUUGAAGAACUCACCCUUAGGUUGACUCCAGAUGUGACAAAGUACAACUUCCCUUGCUCACUUUUAUCUGAUGGAAGAGGGGACUUGAUUCAGUCUCUUCACCUUUCCCACUGUUCCUUCCGUCCAACAGUUGAGGUUGUUAGCUUGAGAAGCCUGACAAGUUUAGAUCUAUGUUUGGUGCGUAUUACGGAUAGAGAGUUAGGAAUUCUCCUUUCCAAUUCUUUAGUUUUGGAGAAGUUGGGAAUCAAAUACUGCGACAAGAUUAAUUGCCUGAAGAUACCUUGUGUUCUAGAGAGGCUCAGUUCACUGGAAGUGUUUGAAUGUUACAGCCUACAAAUGGUAGAGAGCAAAGCUCCAAAUUUAUGCAGUUUUUGCUUUGGAGGUGAACAGGUACAGUUCUCAAUUGGAGAACCGCUGCAAAUGAAGAACCUGCAAGUGAUCUUCCCCAACAGUAUCAGUUUUGGCCGUGCUGAACUUCCAUUUAGUAUGCCUAAUCUUGAAACUCUUAAUAUCAGUUCACGUUGUGAGAUGUCCCAUACACCAACUGCACCUGGCAAAUUCCUUCACCUCAGAUACUUGAGUAUUACUUUUGCGGGAUGGAGAUUUUCACGUGCCUACGAUUAUUUUUCUCUUGUUUCUUUUCUUGAUGCUUCUCCUUUGUUGGAGACUUUCAUCCUAUGUAUUUUACAGAAAGGAAAGCAUGACUUAACUUUAAGGGAUCCUAUAUAUCCAAGGCAAAUGUCUGAACGCCAGCAUGACAGCCUAAAGAAUGUGAAGAUCAAUGGUUUCAGUUCCACAAAAAGCUUGGUUGAGCUAACAUGCCAUAUUCUUCAGAACACAACUUCGCUUGAGUGCCUUACAUUGGACACUACUCGCAUUGAGUUUCGGUGUUCUGAUAGUAGUGUUGAUGUAUGUCUCCCAUCGGACAGGGAUGCUAUCAAGGGAGCGCAUAAAGCGCUCUUGGCUAUCAGAACAUAUAUUGAGGGUAUAGUUCCCGCUACAGUCAAGUUCAGUGUUCUAGAGCCUUGCCGCCGUUGCUACGCUUGGUAACUAUGCCAAAUCAUUGUAAUUAAACAGUAUUUAAUUGUGUAACUUCAGAUGCGUUGUGCUUUCUGUUUUAAAAUCAGUGGUGUACUGGUGUCCAUAAAAAUGCUGAGGUAUGUGCUUUGGUUUAUUAUUAAUCUCUUUCUGUAACUUAAGAUGUGUCGUGAUUUUGUUCCAAGUUAUUGGUGGUCUGUUAUAUUCAGGACUGUGCUUUGGUUAAUUUGAUACUAAUACCAACCAGACCAUCUGAUAUUAA